AUGUGUGUGCCAGUAGGCGAGUCCAAUGCCUGCGGUGUUCCCUUUCAAGAGGAAGACGUGAUUAUCCUUAAUGGCAAUAAGGAAGAUGUGGAAGUAUUGAAGAAAAGGAUGGAGGAGAGGAGACUUAAAAGCAAAUUGGAAAAGAAAUCAAAGAAAUGCAAGCCAGCAGAAUCGGCUUCUCGGCAAGAUCCCGCUGCAGAUGCUCCAGGUCCAUCAAAGGCUAAGAAUGGAAAGGAUUGUAUCAAUUCCAGUUCUGGGAAAAAGAGGCAGAUUAUCUUCACCAAAAGUUCAGAUAAUGGAAAUCCAUCUGUACCAGGAAAAGUCAGUAAGGCUGCUUCUACUACCACGAAGAGAUCCAUUGCAGACAGCGAGGAGAAAUCCGAGGCGUACAAAUCUAUUUUUACAUCACACAGCUCAGCAAAACGUUCAAAGGAGGAGUGUUCCAAUUGGGUUACUCACACAGCGUACUACUUCUGA